CGUUUCCGCCUUCGUGUCCGGUUGCGGAGGGCGGCCGCGGCGGGGAGCAGCGGUGUGCGGCUCUGCGUUGGGCCGUGCCGCCGCCAUGGAGACGCUGUACCGCCUGCCCUUCGCCGUGCUCGAGUGCCCCAACAUCAAGCUGAAGCGGCCGAGCUGGGUGCACAUGCCCUCGGCCAUGACCGUUUACGCGCUGGUGGUGGUGUCCUACUUCCUCAUCACCGGAGGGAUUAUAUAUGACGUGAUUGUGGAACCUCCCAGCGUGGGGUCAAUGACAGAUGAACACGGGCAUCAGAGGCCAGUGGCCUUCUUGGCAUACAGAGUAAAUGGGCAAUAUAUUAUGGAAGGGCUUGCAUCCAGCUUCCUCUUCACAAUGGGUGGCCUAGGAUUCAUAAUUCUGGAUCGAUCCAAUGCACCAAAUAUCCCCAAGCUGAAUAGGUUUCUCUUGCUCUUUAUUGGAUUUGUCAGCGUGCUUUUGAGCUUCUUCAUGGCCAGAGUUUUCAUGAGGAUGAAAUUACCGGGCUACUUGAUGGGUUAGUACUGUUUGUGCUGUAUGAAAGCCUCAGUUGAAUUUACUCCUCUCCAUGAAGUGUUUAAGAAGAAGCAGCAAGCAAUUCCAUAGUCUCCAUCAACAGGAAAGAGACCUGGCCAUGAGAAACAACGAGGGAAAGAACGCUUUCUCUGCAAACAAACUCUCACUACCAGUGGCUGAUUUGUAGUUUUGAAACAAAGUUUUAGGGCUUUUGAAAAGAGCAAGUUACCUCACUGGGUUUUUCUCUUAUACCCCAGCUCAGUAUGAAAUAGAUAACCUAUCUUUAGCUCUACCUGAAAUGACCAUUAGCCAUUGGCUUGACAGUUCUUUGUUGCAGUUCUGUCAUCUCUUCCCUGUGUGGGACAGUUACAUGGAUGAAUCAGAGAAGAAACACCCAAACACUUCUUCAUAAGUUAUAAUUGGAAAAUUAGUAAUUUUGGAUGCUUUACAGUCAAAAUACUAUGUGUCUGAAAUGGUUUCAAAGGCACAUUUUGCCUUUAUUAAUGGCUCUAUGUGAGCAAAUUCAGACAUGCACUGGGAAAGGCAAACUGUAUGAAUGUGCAUUUCUUUUUGAAAAAGUGUACAAAUGGAGCCAAAUAAAACUUAUUUUCUACAAAAUUGUUUGAGUUUUAUGCAGUUUCUGAAGGCUUUUCUUGUGUGCAUGGCCUGUUCUACAUCCAGACUGGAAAUGCCAUACUAUGACUACACAAUUGUAGCUUUAUUUUUCACUAUUGAAUAAUGAUUUUUUUCUUUUUUUUAAUAUCAGGAAAAAGUAACCUCAUAGUUUCCAUGAACUUGUACUGUAUCCAAAUGACAUACUGUUAUCAGUAGCCAAGAAGACUUCUGAAGCUGCUGCUUUUUUGUGAGAGGCAAGGCUCCAACUUGUUUUGUCUUCGUUGUAAAAGGUUGAAUGUUACCAUCAUGUUUCAUUGAAGUCAUGUAUUGCAUUCUGGGAGAAGGAAAGAUCUCUCUAAAUCUCCAUAAAUGUCUUUUUUGCAAGCCA